CCUUCCUGAUGUGGAGGCUGGGCUUGGGGCCCUCUCAGGCCCUCCCUACUCCCUGGGGUAUGAGUCAAGGGCCGUGCUGUCUAGGCAUGCCUGUGUGGCCCACCCUGCCCUGCUUUGGUGUGCUUGUCUGUGAGAGACCCCUGUGUACCAGUCACAGGGCACCUCUCAUCUUCCUAGGAUCCCGUGUGCAGCUGCUGCUGUGAGCCUCAGUGAUGGAGGUGGGCGGAUGCAGGGGCUGGGCACCAUCAAAAUUGAUGUGUUGCUGGCGGUGGGAGGAGCAGGAGCUAGGAUGAGUGAGGACCUCGGAAGCCAAUUGGAGCCAAGUUUGUCUCCCCACAGCCAAUCUGGGAGCAGGGGCUGGGGUGAACGAGUGGCUGCUCAGAAACCCCGCAGGGAGGAGGGGCUGGCCUAGCCCCAGCAGGCUCCCCAUAUAAAUGGCCCAGAGUAGUGCCCCAUCAUAGAGCCGUUCGUCUCCCACUUGCGCUGCCCCCUCCCUCUGGACUCUGGUGACUCAGGCCUUUGUUUGCCCUUCCUGGUUGAGGCCGUUUGCCUCCCUCAGCAAGAUGCCGGAGUGCUGGGAUGGGGAACACGACAUCGAGACGCCUUAUGGCCUUCUGCACGUGGUGAUCCGGGGCUCCCCCAAGGGCAACCGCCCAGCCAUCCUCACCUACCAUGACGUGGGUCUCAACCACAAGUUGUGCUUCAAUACGUUCUUCAACUUUGAGGACAUGCAGGAGAUCACCAAGCACUUUGUGGUGUGCCACGUGGAUGCCCCUGGUCAGCAGGUGGGGGCGUCACAGUUUCCUCAGGGGUACCAGUUCCCCUCCAUGGAGCAGCUGGCCGCCAUGCUCCCCAGCGUGGUGCAGCACUUUGGGUUCAAGUAUGUGAUUGGCAUCGGAGUGGGAGCCGGAGCCUACGUGCUGGCGAAGUUUGCACUCAUCUUCCCCGACCUAGUGGAGGGGCUGGUGCUGAUGAACAUCGACCCCAAUGGCAAAGGCUGGAUCGACUGGGCCGCCACCAAGCUCUCUGGCCUGACCAGCACUUUACCCGACAUGGUGCUAUCCCACCUCUUCAGCCAGGAGGAGCUGGUGAGCAACACAGAGUUGGUGCAGAGCUACCGGCAGCAGAUCGGGAACGUGGUGAACCAGGCCAACCUGCAGCUCUUCUGGAACAUGUACAACAGCCGCAGAGACCUGGACAUUAACCGGCCUGGAAUGGUGCCCAAUGCCAAGACGCUCCGCUGCCCAGUGAUGCUGGUGGUCGGGGAUAACGCCCCUGCUGAGGAUGGGGUGGUGGAGUGCAACUCCAAACUGGAUCCAACCACCACGACCUUUCUGAAGAUGGCAGAUUCCGGGGGGCUCCCCCAGGUCACACAGCCCGGGAAGUUGACUGAAGCCUUCAAGUACUUCCUGCAAGGCAUGGGCUACAUUGCAUACUUGAAGGACCGAAGACUGAGUGGAGGAGCAGUGCCCUCGGCCAGCAUGACCCGUCUUGCCCGCUCUCGCACCGCGUCCCUCACCAGCGCCAGCUCGGUGGACGGCAGCCGCCCGCAGGCCUGCACCCACUCGGAGAGCAGUGAGGGGCUGGGCCAGGUCAACCACACCAUGGAGGUGUCCUGCUGAAGCCCUUGGUCCCACGAAGAUGCCCACCUGCCCCAGCCCGCAUCGACGUCCCACUGCCAUCCUCGCGAGGCUCAUUUUCCCUUUAGUUUGUUUUUGUGAGGGUGAAGGGGAGAAAAUGGGGUUACUUCUCUUUUGUUUAAAAAGAUGAGGGGAUCCAUCUUAUAUGCUGCAGCAGAACAGUCUCCAGAUGGUUCGAGGGGCUCACUCCUCCCCACCCCGUCCUCUCACUCACCUCAUUACCUUGGCUGACUUAGUCCCUCUUCCACCUCCCCACGGCACAGGCACAGUCAGGGCAGGGUUCUAGGGAGGAAGGAGAUUAGCUCAGGAAAGACUCAGUCUUUCUCUGGCCAGGAUCCAGAUGGCAUCCUGGAUUAAAGAAAGAGCAUGAGUUGACCCGCUCAGGCAGGCAGGUUUGAAGAUGGGUUGGGGUUUUGAGGUGGUGGCUGCUGGGACAGGGAGCACGGGGUCCAACUCAGGCACUGGUGUGAGAACCAGGAGACAGCAGUGGAGAGCACUCAGGCAGAAGCCCUGGAACUCUGCAGGCCCCUUACCCUCCCAGCCCCUCCACCAAGCACAUCUGUUUCUGUCUUGCAGCACAUGUGACAAUCAUCUGAACAGUAGCCACAAGAGGGCGCUCCUCCAGACAGCCGUUUCCCUGGUGCUCUCUGGGCAGGCCUGGUGCUGUAGAGCCAGGCAGGUGAGGGCUGAAAGGGGUUUCUCUGCCCAAGGAAGACAGAACAUAGAGGACCUUGAGGGCAGGACCUCACAGACUGUCCCUUCCAGCCCACACUCUGCCACUUCCUGUCCCUGUCCCAUCUCUGAGCCAAGGCCCUGUGGCAGAAGUCGCCUGGUCCUCUUGUCUCCAUAGGGAACUGACUAGAGCUGAGGUUAAAGGCUGGGAUACUGUUGGGAGCACCUCUGAGAACUUCGUGGUGCCUUCCUUUGGAAGCCAGCAGGCAGUGGUGGCUGAGAGUUCCUGCUGACCCCUUUUUUGCCCCAGGUUCCAUGGAGGACAACCCAGUCAGCAGCAGUAUGGCUAAGGCUGCUGGAAACGUUUCUAGGGAGAGUUCUGGUUAAGCUAUGCUGAUGUUGCACAUAGGCAUCACUGAGAGGGUUCAUUUGGAGAAAACUGGUCCAGAGUAGCAGGAUUUCACAGCCCCACAUCACCAUCCUAACCAGUUGGAGCAGGCUUAGGCUGGGGCUUGCUGGGUCCUGGGAUGGGAAGUGAAAAGUUCCUGAAGUGAACAAGGGCCAGGCGGAGGGGAAAGGCUCCCCCCUACACACUCCUGCCACCGGAAGCCCAGGGCUGUGCCAUCUACUUCCCAUUCUCCAACCGCACCAGGUAGAAUCUCCUGGCCCAGAAACCAGAAGCCAUUUGUCUCUGAGCCUAAAUUAAUUGCCACAAGCCCCAAAAUAAGUAAAAAGGAGAAGAGGAGCGAGCAAUGAAAAAUGCAGGGCUGUGGAGGGGAUGUGUGUGUAGGGAGGUGCUCUGGGGCUAAGGGGAGACCUGUAUCCACAUUUCCUCUGCACACAUCAUCUUCUUCUAUAAUCUUAAGCCAUUACUCUAGACUGCUCUAGGUUCUAGAACCCGGUGGGGUAUUAGUCUGUCCACAGUUCUGUUCACUCACGUGCUUCUCUUGAAUAUUGAAUGUGACUGUUUGAAAAGCUGGUAGAAUUAAUCCUCUUACUGUAGAUAGCGCUGUGAAUCUUGGAUUUUUUCUUCUGUGUACUUUAAAAUGAGAUAUCUAUAAAUAUCUAUACACUAUAUAUAUAUGUAUAUUGGGUCCUCCUGCGUGUGGUUUUCAUCGGAGGUUGUCUCUUCCUUUGUCAAAGUGAACUUUUAAUGGAAUUUAUUAUUUUCCUCUUGUACAAAGUGGAGAGCCUACUUUUGUGUAUUCUGCUGGCUGAUGUCAUGAGACUUCGAGAUGACAAAAUGUAAAACAAAUAAAAACCCUUGUCACCAUGGAAACAGUUAACUGUGCCCAAAAAACUAAUAAAGAAACUAAGAAGAA